AUGCUUCAACACGGACUUUAUCGGGUCCUGCGGAUAUUCUGGAUUACUUUCGAGUUUUGGUUCAACGCUAAUCAAUCUGCCUUCCCCAAAAGCCAAGUCCGAAGGAGUGGUAAGCUCUCAGAAUCAACUCCACUUGAGACCCUGACUAUAUCGUUUGGUGCCCCAGAACAUGAAAGGUCGUCUUUGGCUUCAAGCGAAUCGAAAACCUGGGAGAAAAUCUACAAAGAGGAGUGCCUUAGUUUCAAGGCCCGUCUAGAGAUCCAAGCUCAGAUCUUGAGAAACGAUCCGGCACGUCAAGGAGUAGAUCGUAUGAAGAAUGUUCGCAAAGAGCUAAUCUCACUUUCCCAUCAGGCAGAGCGAAUCAAAGAGGCUGCAUUUGAAAUGAUCGACGAGACCCCAGAUAGUGUAUAUGUCCGCAACGCAACUCCUGAGUGGCUCUCUACCUGCUCCGGAGAUCCGCAACUAGAACAGGUAUGUAUUAGCAUGGAGUACAGCUUGGACCGACUUGCGUUUGAGCUUAGAUCCGAUCCAUCCAUGGACCUUAUGGUUGCCGGACACCUUGAGCAAAUGACCGAGGAUAUUGAGAUGGACUUUCUUUAG